AUGGAGCAGGGCGGCCGCCGCCGAGCCUUCGGCAGCAUAUGCCCCAACAGGGUCCAGUGCCCGCCCGCCCGCCACUCUAAGAAGCCGGCCCGGCCCGGAGGGGGGACGGCGUGGACCCCCCCGGCUGCCCCGAGUCCCCGAGCGCCCCCGCCCCGUCAGCGCCGCAGCGUUGCCCCGCCGGUCCCCGUCGCACCCGCCCUCGUGCUCAGCACCAUCGACUGGCAGGAUUUGGCAGCCUGUACCCCCAUCCUUCCCACCACCCCAGCUGGCCCAGUGACCCUGCAGCAGAGUCCCUGCUUCCAGGAUGGGACGGAGUUUGAUUUCCAGGAGUUCAGAGAUGCUGUGGAUGAUUUUGUAUCUGAUGCACCCACCUUAAUGCCACCACCACUGGACUGCACUGACUUUAAUUUCCCUCUUGGUGAGGAGGUGGCCUUUGGGCCCUGCACCCUGCAGCUGGAGAGCAGCAUGCUGGCACAGGUGCCCCCGCAGUGCCUGCCUUCCCCUGAGCUGAGCUGCAGGGACCAGGCAGACCAGCACCAGAAAGCACUGGGAGAUGCCAUGGAGGCAAACAGCCAGCUGCAGGAGACUCUCAUACAGAGGCAGGAAGAGCUGGCAACACUGCGGGAGAGGAACGUGCAGCUGAAGGAGCUGGCAAGUCAGGCCAGGCAGCUGGCCUCUGUCCUUGAUACGCUGAUGUUCCCGCAAAGCGCCGACGGGGCGACCCUUCCUCCUUCUCCUCUUCAUCCUCCACGUCCUCCCGCCGUCGCUGCUCCGACCGGCACCCCGCGGGCGGAUGCGGAGGCCGUGGACGCGAUGCUGCGGGCGGUGUCGGAGAAGUGCCGCGCCGCCCUGCGGAGCCUGGGGGGCAGCCCAGGGAAGAGCUCGGGGGGCAGCCCCGGGGGCAGCCCCACGGCCAAGCGCCCGCGCCCGGCCCCGCGUCUGCACGGCGCGUUCCGCGGGCUGCGCACCGGCCACGCCGCCCCGCGCCCGGGCGGCGGGGACAUGGAGGGGGGCGGCAGCCUGCGAGCACAGCUGGGAGAGGCGGGAGCCAUCCGCACCCUGGCCUUCCCGCAGGGAAACGCCUUCACUCUCCGCACCGCCGCCGGCGGGCACCGCUUCCGAUGGGUGCCGCGCUGA